AUGAGCUCAAAAAGACCCAUGAGCAAAGAGGCCAACAAAAAAAAGACCAAAGAUAAAAAUAAUGCAGAUAAUCUGGCCAAAGCAGAAGAAGCAGCUGCGUCUGAACCUGGUCAUCCUGAAUACAUCUUCCCGCUGGUCCUGACCUCGGUCUCGCAGGAGCUGUUUGGUUGUCGGGCAGAUGAGGACGUCACUGCAGAAAAUCCACACAAACUGCUGAAAAAACAAGACAUUAUUCAGGACCUGAGAAACAGAGCAGCAGUGUGUGACUUCAGCCCUGUUAAACAGACUGUGCUGGAUUAUCCUGAAGAUGAGCUGCUGCUGGUGUUUGACAGAGACUUCACUUAUGGUCAGAGCUUCUACCUGGUGCUCACGGUUCAGGCCAAGGAGAGCAUACUGAAGCCUCCAGCAGAGGGAGCUGAUGAGCAGAUGGAGGAUGAAGAACAGCAGGAGGAAGAGGAGGAGAUGAUGAUGAAGACUCCAGAGCCUCAGCCGUGGGUGUCUCUGGGCAGCGAACAGGAGAUCCAGGACCAGUCGCUCUCAGAGACCAGACCCAGACUCAGGUAUAGUGCGCGUCCUCUGGAGCGGCGCUGUGGGGUUCAUGCGCAUUUCUCUGACCGUAACGCUCUGGACUGGAAGGAGGCGCUGGUGGAGUGUUCAUCAUAUGAGGACAAGAGUUUCAGCAUCACACUGAUGGAGAGAGACAGCAGCACACAGACCUGCAGAGACAACACACACACCAGCACACAGACACUCUGGAAGAAGCCGAAGAACAUGUGGAGUCAGUACGAGCCGCGAGAGUUCAGUCCAGAGGAGAUACAGCAUCAGCUGCAGUCAGAAAACCUGAAGAACUUCAUCACAUCUGUGGCCAGGAGGUUUGAGAUCUCCCUGCAGCAGAAUCUGAUCACAGAUGUGUUUUGUGAUGACUGGACGGCGCUGUGUGAAGACGACGCGUCACUGAUGGGGAAAACAGAGGCUCAGCUGAAGGAGUAUCAGUCCUUCAUGGACCUGCACUUCAGCAAAGAGAAAACCAUCAGCCAUGUGCAGUGGCAUCCCUCCAUCAGCGGACUGAUUGUGGUGUCCAUGAUGGAGAGACUGUCUCUGGAGGAGCGCAUCGACAGCUCCACUAAACUCCUGCUCAACCCUUCAUACAUCCUGUUCUGGAGCUUCUCUGACCCCAUAAACCCACAGCUGCAGCUGGAGUGUCCAGAUGAUGUUCUGUGUUUUCAGUUUUCUCCGUCUGACCACAACAUCAUCGCCGGCGGCUGCAUGAACGGACAGGUAGUAUUAUGGGAUAUUUCAGCUCAUGUGGAUCGACUGCAGGACACACAGAGUGGAGGCAAAAACAUCCCAAACAAACUAGGCAAAAGCACUGUGACUCCAGUGGUCCGCUACUGUGCUGUAUCUGGAAUAGAGAACGGACACAAAGCUCCGAUCACAGAUAUCCAGUGGUUGCCGGAAAACUUUGAGGUCAACAAAUUAGGGAAUCCAGUGGAGAACUCGAGCCGGACGUCAGUUCAGCUGGUCACGUGUGCUCCUGAUUGCUGUGUGUUAUUCUGGGAUCUUCGGGCUCCUCGAGUCAUGGUUCACUCCCUCACAGACAUCAAACAGAAACAUGAGGAAAAGCCUCUGGAAAACCCUCACGGCGUGCCGAAUACAUUCACACACCUCAACCUGACCUGGAAACCCUUCAUCAGAGUCUCCUUACCAAAGAUCAGCUCGAGUGGUGAAUACAGUCCCCUGAAGUUCAGCAUGAGGGAGAAUACAGUAGACUACACUACAGGUGAUAAGUCUGUGAACGAGGCAGAUGGUUGUGUAUUUGCUCAGCUCCGCAUGCAGUCAGCCAAACAGCAGAAACCCCUACAGAACAUCAGCACUAAACUCUACAUCGGGACUGAGGAUGGAGAACUGGUUUACACCGACUGGAAGGUGGAGAAGGACAACGACUCGGGACGGAUGCUGAGUUCCAAACCGCUGGAUGUGUUCCUCCUGCAGGACACUCUGCUCCACACCGUCAGCAGAUCUCCAUUCUUCAGAGACAUCAUCCUGACCGUCGGCAGAUUUAGCUUCGCCAUCUGGAGAGAAGGACUCACCUGUGGGCCACUGCUGAUGUCAGUGUACUCGAAGUCAAUGUUCUCGGCGGGUCACUGGUCUCAGUCGCGGCCCGCUGUGCUCUUCAUGGGGAGGGAGGAUGGAGAUGUGGAGGUGUGGGACCUGCUGCAGAACAGCCGACAGCCCUCACACACACAGAACAUCAGCACUGCCUCCAUCAGCUGCAUACGCACACACACCAGCUCUGCCAAACAGCAUCUCCUGGCAGUGUCGGACCGUCUUGGGACCCUACACAUCCUGCAGAUCCCGGGGAGCCUGCGCAGAUCCUCCAGCAGCGAGAGGCAGAAUGUGGAGAAGUACUUCGAGAAGGAAGAAGAGCGACUGCAGUACUUCGAGAAACGACAGAGCGAUCACCAGAAGAAGAAGAAGGAGAUGGAAGCUGAACAGCAGAAGAAGAAGACGGAGCUGCUGACUCCUCCAAAACAGGAAGAGGAAGUAGACGUGGAAACACUGAAGGAAUACCAGCAGUUUCUGAAUCUGGAGAAGCUCAUUCUGAAGGACAUGAACAUCCAGAGCGAGACACAGCAGACCUGUAACACCAUAAACACACACUCACCAGCACACACGAACACACCAGCACAUGCUUGAAUGCUUGCUUUUAAAUGCCUUCUGCCAUUGAAGGCGCAGCUCACACAAAAAUAUAACUUCUGCCUUCAUUUA